AUGGACAUGCGGGCCGCGGUCCCUAACCGCUGCGCCUCCUCCCUAAGGCCCCCAGCCCGCGGCAUGUGGCUGCCGCGCGUCUCCAGCACAGCAGUAACCGCACUGCUGCUGGCGCAGACCUUCCUGCUCCUCUUCCUGGUCACCCGGCCUGGGCCAUCUUCCCCAGCGGGCGGCAAGGAGCGCGUGCACGUGCUGGUGCUGUCCUCGUGGCGCUCGGGCUCCUCCUUCGUGGGCCAGCUCUUCAGCCAGCACCCCGACGUCUUCUACCUGAUGGAGCCCGGGUGGCACGUGUGGGCCACCCUGUCCCAGGGCAACGCGCCUGCGCUGCACAUGGCCUUGCGCGACCUGGUGCGCUCCGUCUUCCUCUGCGACAUGGACGUGUUCGACGCCUACCUGCCUUGGCGCCGCAACCUGUCGGACCUCUUCCAGUGGGCGGUGAGCCGCGCGCUGUGCUCGCCGCCCGCCUGCAGCGCCUUCCCGCGGGGCGCCAUCAGCAGCGAGGCCGUGUGCAAGCCGCUGUGCGCACGGCGGCCCUUCAGCCUGGCGCAGGAGGCCUGCCGCUCCUACAGCCACGUGGUGCUCAAGGAGGUGCGCUUCUUCAGCCUGCAGGUGCUCUACCCGCUGCUGAGCGACCCCGCGCUCAACCUGCGCGUCGUGCACCUGGUGCGCGACCCGAGGGCCGUGCUGCGCUCCCGCGAGCAGACGUUCAAGGAUCUAGAACGCGGCAGCAGCACCGUGCUGGACGCCAAGGGCAAGCAAGUGGGGAAGGAUCUGCAGCUGCGCGUGCUCCGCGAGGUGUGCCGCAGCCACGUGGGCAUCGCGGGGGCCGCCACGCUCCACAUCACACAUGGAUCGGGGCUUGGCAAGCCCUCUGAGGCCUUCCAGACAACGUCCAGAAACGCUCUCAAAGUCUCCCAGGCGUGGCGCCACGUGCUGCCCUUCGCCAGGGUCCGCCGCGUGCAGGAGCUGUGUGCAGACGCACUGAAGCUGCUGGGCUACCGGCCCGUGUACUCUGAGGCUGAGCAGCGCGACCUCGCCCUGGAUCUGCUGCUGCCACGCCUUCCGAAGAAUUUCAGCUGGACAUAG